CAACUUUCUUUCCACACCUCUCCUAUAGCUUCUUUUGUUCAUUCAAUUGCCUGAAAGUUCUCUCCUUAGGAAGCCUCGACUGGCUGCAAUGGACUCGCUUACUGUCACCAAAGAGACUGCGCUAAAGGCCAGAGAAGAAAAUAAAAGCCUCGGAAAAUCAGAAGCUACUAAUACGAAUUUCAAUAAGAAUGAGAAGAAGAUAAUUAGCUUUCUCAAACUUGGAGGUUGCAUUAAGAGCAAAGGCUUAGGCGGCUGGAAUUCAGCAGCCCUCUUGCUGGCAAAUCAAGGCCUUGCAACACUAGCUUUCUUUGGUGUUGGUGUGAAUUUGGUGUUGUUCUUGAACAGAGUUAUUGGUCAAGACAAUGCGACUGCAGCCAACAAUGUCAGCAAAUGGACUGGAACUGUUUAUUUGUGUUCGUUAAUAGGAGCAUUCCUCAGCGACUCAUACUGGGGACGUUACUUGACCUGCGCUGUAUUUCAACUUGUUUUCGUGCUGGGUUUGGUGCUUUUAUCACUAUCAUCUUGGCUAUUCUUGAUCAAACCUGCUGAUUGUGGUGAUGGAGAACUAAGUUGCACGCCUUCUUCAUCAAUUGGAAUAGGCAUAUUUUACUUAGCCAUGUACUUGGUGGCCUUUGGAUAUGGAGGGCACCAACCCACUAUAGCCACCUUUGGAGCAGACCAAUUUGAUGAGAACAAUCCUAAAGAAAGGAAUUUGAAAGGGGCUUUCUUCUGCUAUUUCUACUUUGCACUCAAUGUUGGCUCCUUAUUUUCAAAUACCAUUUUGGUCUAUUAUGAGGAUACGGGAAAAUGGACUUUGGGGUUUUGGGUGUCCACUCUUUCUGCUAUUCUAGCCCUAUUGUUAUUCUUGUUAGGGUCACCUGGUUACCGGUAUAUCAAACCUUGUGGCAACCCUUUGCCCCGUGUUGCUCAAGUAUUCGUCGCUGCAUUUAAAAAAUGUAAGGAAGAUCUAGGCGAGGAUGAUGACUUACAUGAGGUAGAAGGAUCGGAGUCUGCAAUCAAAGGGAGUAGGAAGAUACUCCACACCAAUGAGUUCGAGUGUUUGGACAAGGCUGCAAUAGUAAUAGAGGAGGAUAGAUGUGGCCCUCUAAACCCAUGGAGGCUUUGCACUGUCACUCAAGUUGAAGAAGCCAAGUGUAUUAUAAGAAUGCUACCUAUUUGGCUAUGCACCAUCAUAUACUCUGUUGUGUUCACUCAGAUGGCUUCACUCUUUGUUGAGCAAGGUGCAGCCAUGGACUGCAACGUCGGAAAUUUCCACCUUCCAGCCGCUAGCAUGUCUGCUUUCGACAUCUGCAGUGUCCUUAUAUGCACGGGGAUUUACCGCCAAAUCCUGGUGCCAGUAGCUGGCAGAUUAAGUGGAAACCCUAAGGGCUUAACCGAGCUCCAACGGAUGGGCAUAGGGCUUAUAAUUGGAAUGCUAGCGAUGAUUGCAGCCGGUGUCACAGAGCUGGAGAGGCUGAAAAGGGUGAUCCCAAACAAGUAUUCGAGCUCUUUAAGCGUAUUUUGGCAGAUUCCACAGUAUGUUCUUGUAGGGGCUUCAGAGGUUUUCAUGUAUGUGGGACAGUUGGAGUUCUUCAAUGGGCAAGCCCCGGAUGGGAUAAAGAGUUUCGGAAGCUCUCUGUGCAUGGCAUCGAUUUCUCUUGGCAAUUAUGUGAGUAGCAUGUUGGUUAACAUGGUGAUGAAGAUCACAGCUAGAGGAAGCAGCCCAGGUUGGAUCCCUCAAAACCUAAAUAGUGGCCAUAUGGACAGGUUUUACUUCCUUAUAGCAGUCCUAACAGCUGUUGAUUUUGUGGCCUAUGUGUUUUGCGCCAAGUGGUACAAGUGCAUCAGCCUUGAGGAAGGAGAAUAUCAGAAACAAGGUCAAGCAGCAGAAGAAGAAGUGUUGAGCAGAGUCUAAGAUUUUAGAAUUUCCUUUUGGAAAUGAAGUUAAUCUCAUGGUGACUAUUUUUACGUGAGGAGGGAUGAUGUCAUCAUGAGAUCAUUAAAUAUGACGAGUUUGUAAAGAUGUCAUCUCCUAUUCACGUGAAUUUAAUCGAAUGUGUCCGACUGUCUUCAAAAUCGAGAACCAUUCAAGAUAUGGAAAAGUCGGGUACUAAAAUUGGGAAGUUAUCUUGUAUUUAGGUUCUUGUAGGAAGGCUUUCCAUUUCAUUUCAGUGUUGAAGUUUUAGCAUUUACUCAAGGAAGCAAGACCCUUUGUGAAGUUGGCUCAUGGGGGAUUAUUGCUUCUUUUCUUGGCUUGCUAGGGUUUACAUGCUUUUGUUUACAUGUUAGGAUUUGGUUGAGAUUGUUUUGGGAGAAUUUCUCCCAUGACUUUAGCUUUUCUUUCUCCAAUUACUAGUUGAAUUGUAUUUGAGAUCUUUUUUUAGCUAUUUCAAUAAUAUUUCUAAUGCAAACGGGCCCUAAGCGUAAAAAUGUAACAGUA